GCAAAAGUCUGCGCGCUCUAUCAUCAUCAUCCCAGGUGAAGCUGGAACGAGGUCUGGCGUGUUUCUGACAGUUCUGCGUAUUGCAAGGUAAAUGAGCACGAGGCUAGCCUACUACUGCUGCUGUCGGUGCUUUAGGAAGGACUCCAGUUUGACUGCUGAAGCGAGAUGCAAUGGCCACUCCAUCUCCAGCCAAGAGUAUGGGCGACCCAGGCAUCACGCCUCUUUCCCCCACACACAUACUGAAGGUCUCUGAAGAAAAUGAGCCUACGAGACACCCCUAUGUGGUGGUGGUGGCCAUCGACUUUGGCACCACCUCCAGUGGGUACGCAUAUGCCUUCACUAAUGAACCAGAGUUCAUUUACACUAUGAGGCGCUGGGAGGGUGGGGACCCAGGUGUAUACAAUCAGAAGACGCCCACCACCAUUCUUCUGACCCCAGACAGGAAGUUCCACAGUUUUGGUUAUGCAGCCCGAGAUUUUUACCAUGACCUGGAUCCAACUGAGUCUAAGCAAUGGCUCUACCUGGAGAAGUUUAAAAUGAAACUCCACACCACUGCAAAUCUAUCCAUUGGUACAGAUUUAGAUGCGGCCAAUGGGAAAAAGGUGAAAGCUCUGGAUAUUUUUGCUUAUGCUCUGGCCUUUUUUAAGGAGCAGGCACUUAAGGAGCUGAGUGACCAAACAGGGUCAGAUUUUGAUAAUGCUGACGUCAGAUGGGUCAUCACUGUACCGGCCAUCUGGAAAAUGCCAGCCAAGCAGUUUAUGAGAGAGGCAUCGUAUAAGGCUGGUUUGGCUUCUCGUGAAAACCCUGAUCAAAUCAUCAUUGCUCUGGAACCAGAGGCUGCGUCCAUUUACUGCAGAAAACUCCGUCUCCACCAAAUGGUUGAUUUGGGCAACCAAACGGCUUUGAACGGUUACAGCCCAGCUGAGAAUGUUGGGAUGGGAAUGACCCAGGCCAAGGAGCAUGUGCGCCGUAACCGACAGAGCCGUACCUUUGUGGUGGAGAAUGUCAUAGGAGAGCUCUGGUCUGAACUCACUGAAGGUGACCGUUAUGUGGUUGUGGAUUGUGGAGGAGGGACGGUGGAUCUUACAGUGCAUCAGAUCUGUAUGCCAGAAGGGCACUUGAAGGAGCUUUACAAAGCCUCAGGAGGCCCGUAUGGCUCUAUUGGCAUAGAUUAUGAAUUUGAGAAGCUCCUGUGUAAGAUAUUCGGACAGGAUUUCAUUGACCAGUUUAAGAUCAAGCGUCCUGCUGCCUGGGUGGAUCUGAUGAUUGCGUUUGAGUCCCGUAAAAGGGCAGCGACUCCUGACCGAAGCAACCCAUUAAAUAUUAACCUGCCCUUCUCUUUCAUCGACUACUACAAGAAAUUCAGAGGACACAGCGUAGAGCAUGCGCUGAGGAAGAGCAAUGUGGAGUUUGUGAAGUGGUCUUCGCAGGGCAUGCUGAGGAUGAAUCCAGAUGCAAUGAAUGCACUUUUCAAACCAACUAUAGACCACAUUAUACAGCACCUGACCGAGUUAUUUGAUAGGCCAGAGGUGACAGACAUUAAGUUUCUUUUCCUGGUGGGAGGAUUCGCAGAGUCUCCUCUGCUGCAACAGGCAGUUCAGAAGAUGCUUCAGGGCCGCAGCCGAAUCAUUAUUCCCAAUGAUGUGGGCUUGACCAUCCUCAAGGGGGCGGUGCUGUUCGGCCUGGAUCCCAGCGUCAUAAAGGUGCGCCGCUCUCCACUCACCUACGGCGUGGGUGUCCUGAACCGUUUCGUAGAGGGGAAGCACCCACCGGAGAAGAUGCUUGUGAAGGAAGGUACGCACUGGUGCACCGACGUCUUCGAUACGUUCAUCUCUGCCGAUCAGUCAGUGGCGCUGGGUGAAACAGUAAAACGCAGCUACACGCCGGCGAAGCCAUCACAGCAAGUGAUCGUCAUUCACGUAUACUGCUCAGAAAAAGAGUCGGUCAGUUUCAUCACGGACCCAGGUGUGAGGAAGUGUGGUACGCUGAAGCUGGAUGUGAGCGGUACUGAGAGCACAGCGGCACGAAGAGAGAUCCAGACGCUCAUGCAGUUCGGAGACACUGAGAUAAGAGCCAUGGCUCUCGACGUGGCAACCUCUCGCAGUGUCAAAGCUAGCAUCGAUUUCCUUAACCAAUAGAAGAAGAUGAGGCAUGCAUAAACCACACACUGCAGAAACUCAGCAUUGUAGUUUUCCAGUAAAAAUAACCAAACAUCCUUAAAACAUGAUAUAUUUGUUCCUUUUAAAAUUGCUUUUUUUUUUUAAAAUGAAUACUUGCACAUUCAAUUGAUACAAAUUCCAAAGUGACAUGUUUGUUACUAAAGAUUUCUAUUUCAAAUGUAAAAAUACAGUACUUUAUCAUAGGAUCCAGAAAAAAACACAUGUAUCGUGCGUUCCACUAAAAUAUUAAGCAGCUCAUCUCUUUUCAAAAUUGAUAAAAAUAAGAAAUGUUAUCUUAAGCCCCAAAAUAGCAUAUUCAAAAGAUCUCUGAAGAAUCAUGUGACACGGUAGGCUGGAGUUAUGGUAAUAAUUACAAAUAACAAAAUUUGCAAAUGCUUUUGUUUUCUUGUUACAAACAUAAACCACUUAAUCUUUAAAAUAUGCUUACAAAAAAGGAAAACUUAAUUCAAGAUGUAUUCUUUAAAAUAGUAUUAAUAUCUUGUGCAGUUUUGCAUCUCAAUUUAUUAUUUUUUUGUUUAAAGGAUGUAUAGAUAUUUUGACUGGAAAGCAAAACAGAAUGCAGAGUAAAAUGUUGUCAAUAUAGAAGAAUACAUGAAAGAAAGAUAAAAUUCAAAAUAGAGAAUGAAUGAGAGAUGAAGGUUUGGAGUCUCUAAUAUACCAUGUUUUGCUGACCUUCCAUGUGACAUUUGCUUUAGUAGUUGUGCGAUUUGUGUUAUUUUAUUUGGUUCUUUCAUUUCUAAUCCACAACUGAACUCCACAAGAUGAAACUUCUCAUAUCUGGCCAAUGCUGAGUUCAUUUUGUCUCAUUGAUUCUCAUCUAGUCUCAGUCCCUUAUUCUCUUUAUGCUUCUAUUUUAGUCUGUUUGCAUUCUUAGUGGCUAUUUUCUGCACAGAGAUGCAAACUCUGCAUGGAUAGAGCCUAAAUACAGCUGCAUAUUGCUAGUAGUGCAAUUUGGGAUAGCACUCUAUAAUAACUUAGCAAGACAAGUUCAGGUUAAGGCAGCUACAUUAGCCUUAAAUACACACCAUGGCAGAACUAUACAAUUUUUCUCUUAGAAAACAUACUGCUUUGCUCUUAAACUCUGGUCUAUUACCUUCAGGGCCCAGUCCAGAUACCAUGAUGAGGUAAAGCAGAUGGUUUUGACUACUGGAUUUGUGACCAAUUUGUUAGUCUGAAACAUAGACUCAGUAUGUUCUCCAUCGCAAACAUUUAGGACUAUUGAGAAUGGUACCGAAACCUGAGCUACACAUCACAAAGGUGCUGAUUCCUGUGACAACAUUACUAUCAGUUCACGAGUUCACAUCUACGUAUAUUAAUACCGUAGGUUUAUGCGUAUUUGGCGUGCUGUCCGGGUGGAGGGCUCCGAGCUCGGGAUGUGGCCCGAAUCCAAAGUACUCC